AUGACGCUGAGCCGACAGACCACCGACAACGAGGGUGUCACUCUGGCAGAUUUCUCCCACACCACCACAACCACUACGACCAGCAGCACCUACCCCACUGGCCUCCACCGCACGCCCACCGCGACAUACGACGGGCAAGACAACUUUGCAGCUGUCGAGACCAGCAGCACGCCGUCCACGGCCACGAUGGCGUCCACGCCCACUUCCACUGACCCCAGCAACGGCUUUGACCCCGAAAAGGACAUUGACGCCGCCGAGAAGGCUCCAUACACACACACGACGGUGAAUGCCAAGCUGCCAGACGGGUGCAACUAUGGCGACCUCUCGCGGUCGGACGGCAGCGUCGAGCGCGUCAUCUGGGUCGACUUUGCGCCUGGCUCACGAGAAAACCCCUUCUACUUUUCCCGCAGCCGCAAGCUCGGCAUCACGAUCGUAGCCACCUUCUUCACCUUUAUGACAGCAUACACCACUGCGGCCUAUGCCAUCUCGGCCAAGCCCAUGUGCGCCGAGCUCGGGUGUGGCACGGUGAUUGUCGAGGGUGGAGUGGCGCUGUAUGCGUUUGGGUUUGGCAUCUUCCCGCUCGUCCUCGCGCCCCUGUCGGAAGAGUUUGGCCGCAGGUGGACGUACACUGCUGCCGUGUUCAUCUUCAUGGUGUUCCAGAUCCCCAUUGCGCUGGCCAAGAACAGCGCCACGGUGCUCGUGGACCGUUUCCUCCUCGGCGCGGCUGGUUCCGUGGGAGCCACCUUGGUCGGUGGCACCAUUUCCGACAUUUACGUGCCCAGCAAGCGCGGUCUCCCCAUGGCCCUGUUUGGCUUCUGUGCCAUCUUUGGCACGGGAGCAGGCGCCACUACCAUGGCAUGGGUCGUCGAGCGCGUCGGCUGGCGCUGGGUCCACUGGGCCCAGAUGAUCGCCAUGGGCAUCUUCUUCCCCAUCGUCGUUGUCGUCAUGCGCGAGACGCGCGCCACGGUCCUGCUCCGCCGCAAGGCGCACCAGCUCCGCGUGGACCGCGGCAUGGCCGACGGCGCGCGCUACCUCGCCCGCAGCGAGAUUGACAAGGACAAGUUCCUCACCGCCAUCAUGCACUCGAUCUCGCGCCCGAUCGUCUUCCUCGUCACAGAGCCGAUCGUCACCUUUUUCUCGCUGUGGGUCGCCCUCGGCUGGGGCGUGUUCUACACCCAGAUCGCAGGUAUCCCCUACACGUUCCAGAAGCUGCACGGGUUCGGCAUCAUUGGCGUCGGCCAGGUGUACUGGACCAUCUGCCUCGGCGGCGUGCUGGGCUUUGGGGCCAACUUUAUCCAAGAGCACAUUUACCGCAAAAAGGCACCAAAGUACGGCGUCGAGGCGCGCCUCUACGCGCCCAUGGUGGCCGGUAUCCUGUUCGCCUUGGGAUGCUUCGUUACGGGCUUUACCAGCCUGUCGUACGUCCACUGGAUCGGCCCGUGUGUCGGUGUGACCAUGGUCUUGACGGCCGUCAUGAUCAUCUACAUCACCGCCUUCACCUACCUUUCCGAGUGCUAUGGCGCGUACGCCUCGUCGGCCAUUGCCGGCCAGUCCUUCCUGCGCAACAUGUUUGGCGGCUCGUUUUCGUUCUUUACGGAACAAAUGUUCGAGGCCAUGACCGUCCGCUGGGCGCUGGUCAUGAUGGGCGGUGUGGCGGCGCUGCUCGCGCUCGUCCCCUUCAUUGCCUUCUUCUACGGCCCCCAGCUCCGCGCGCGGUCCAAGUACUCGCGUCUCUUGAUGCAGCAGGAGCGCGAUGCGAUCGAAAAGGAGCGUAGGGAACGCGAGGCCCGCGGCAUGGACACGACAGAGGCAGAGGACCUCGAGGGCGACGCAAACGAGGAGACCAUGGAGCGCGCAAUGUCGCACGCAAUGUCCAUCCACUCCAUCCACCCGGCCGUGCCGGUGUAG